UGCAAACCCCAAGAAGCUUUUACUCUCUCUUUCCUCAUUCUCUUUAUCGCCCAUCUUGCUCUUGAUGUUCAAAGAAAAACUGAUUUUAAAUCCUAUAUCCAAUUUGUUCUCUUUUCUAUAUAUUUUAAAUAAAAGCUAGCAAAAGUGGAUCCUCGAAUCUAUGGGAAGAUGCCCUUUGGAGGCGAUGAACCUGACGAAAAGGAAGAAGCCGAUGAGGAUGAGAGCCUAUUCCCGGUCUUCUCGGCUCGAUCUCAACACGACAUGCGUGUUAUGGUCUCGGCUUUGACUCAAGUAAUCGGGAACCAACAAAGCAGCUCUCAUGAUCAUCCUUCUGUAUAUAAUCCACAAGACCCUAAUGCUUCUACGCAUCAAGAUCAAGGGAACGUGGGGAGGAGGCAUUAUAGAGGGGUAAGGCAAAGGCCAUGGGGAAAAUGGGCAGCUGAAAUUCGAGAUCCGCAAAAGGCAGCACGUGUGUGGCUCGGGACAUUUGAAACCGCAGAAUCAGCGGCAUUAGCUUAUGAUGAAGCAGCUCUUAAGUUCAAAGGAAGCAAAGCCAAGCUCAAUUUCCCUGAGAGGGUUCAGCUUGGAAGUGAUAAUUAUGGUACCAAUAGUCAGCUAUCAAACUCUACUUACUACUCCUCCAAUCAAACCGAGCCGCAAAAUGUGCCAUACUAUAACCAGUAUAGUUAUCAAGAUGGGAGUAAUAAUGAUAUGUUGAGUUUUAGUUUGGGCGGUGGAUAUGGCAGCGGUAGUGGACUUUCAAUGUCUCAUGAUCAUAGUUUAUCAACUACUACUACUGCUGCAACAACUUCUUCGUCUUCUGGUGGCUCUUCUAGGCAACAAGAAGAUCAAGAUUAUGCCAGAUUUUGGCCUUCUUCCUCUCCUUACUCGGGUUUUUGAUAUGAUAUAUAUAUAAGAGAUUUAUGUUACUUGUGAUGAAGAGAUGAUUUGAUUCUUGAAUGUUUUGUCUUUUAUAUUUUGUUCGUUAAUGUUUCUUGAACGUGUAAGUUUCUUUCUUUUUUUCAAAAUUAAAUAUAAUUAGUUACACCA